UGGUCCCUCCCCCCAACCAGGGGGAGCCUAGUGACCCCCGUCCCGUCCCCAAGGGGUCACCCCCAAUUACCUUCCCGGCCCCCCCCCCGGGACUGUGCCUCGGUGUGAACCUCCUGGGGGUAGCCCUCGAGCCCCUCCCUCCCCCUUACAGAAACAGCAGCGAUUCCCCUCUGGCAUCUCGCCCCCAGGUCCCUCUCCCGGGCGUCCCAUUCCCCCCUGAACCCCCCACCCCCCAAGGAAAACUGCGUUAGACUUAGGGAGGGUAGAAACUCCCCCUGAGGGGCACAGCCGCCUUUUUCCUCCCUUGUCCUCCCACCCCACCGACAGGGCUAAACUCAGGGGGACAGACCCCACCAAAGCUCUCUUCCCGAGAAGAAAGUAGCCUCUCCCACUGAAGCUCCUGCAGGGAAGGCAGGCCUUCAAGUUCUUGCCUUUGAAAGCUUGCACACUAACCGCCUAGCUCCCACCCACCCCCCAGAGGAUCAGGAUGUCGGAGAACCAGCCCAAUGCGAACAAUCACCAUCACCCCGUGAACAACAACGGGGGUGGUGGGGCUGCCGGCGGAAACAACCGGGGGGUACGGAACCCCAACCUCAACCAGAACCCCCUGAUUAAUGUGCGCGAUCGCCUCUUCCAUGCCCUCUUCUUCAAGAUGGCUGUAACCUAUGCCCGCCUCUUCCCACCCUCGUUCCGCCGCAUCUUCGAGUUCUUCGUCCUUCUCAAGGCUCUCUUUGUGCUGUUCAUCCUGGCUUACAUUCACAUCGCCUUCUCCCGGUCGCCCAUUAACUGCCUGGAACACGUGCGGGACAAGUGGCCGCGCGAUGGCAUCCUGCGGGUGGAAAUACAACGCAACUCCAGCCGAGCCCCCAUCUUCCUGCAGUUCUGCGAGGUGGAGAAAUUCCCGGGAAUGGUGAUUGAGUCUGUGCAUGAGGAGGAGGAGGAGGAAGAGGAGGAAAUGACCGUGGAAAUGUUUGAAAACAGCUCUGUCAAGUUUGAGCUGGACAUCGAGCCCAAGGUGUUUCUCAAGCCACCCCGGGCGAGCAGCACUGAGGCACUGACCCAGGUGACCCAGAACGAAAGCCAGGAGUUCUCAUUUAGCGAGGCGACCACUAAAGGUAUGCAGCCUCUGAGUGAGACGGUGUCCGAGUUUGAGAUGCUAGCCAGAGCAGUGUGGCCCCAGGAAGAGUACAUUGUGGAGUAUUCUUUGGAGUACGGGUUUUUACGCCUGUCUCAGAGCACUCGUCAGCGUCUCAGCAUCCCAGUCAUGGUGGUGACACUAGAUCCCACCAGGGACCAGUGCUUUGGAGACCGAUUUAGUCGCCUGCUGCUGGACGAGUUCCUGGGUUACGAUGACAUUCUAAUGUCCAGUGUGAAAGCUUUAGCUGAAAACGAAGAGAACAAAGGUUUCCUCCGCAACGUGGUGUCCGGGGAGCACUAUCGCUUUGUUAGCAUGUGGAUGGCUAGGACUUCGUACCUAGCAGCCUUUGUUAUCAUGGUCAUAUUUACUCUGUCCGUCUCAAUGCUGUUGCGCUACUCUCAUCAUCAGAUCUUUGUUUUCAUUGUGGACCUCUUACAGAUGCUGGAGAUGAACAUGACCAUUGCAUUCCCUGCUGCUCCCUUACUCACUGUCAUUUUGGCUCUAGUAGGCAUGGAAGCCAUUAUGUCAGAGUUCUUCAAUGACACCACCACUGCGUUUUAUAUCAUCCUCAUCGUGUGGCUGGCGGACCAGUAUGAUGCCAUCUGUUGCCACACCAAUACUAGUAAGAGGCAUUGGCUCAGGUUCUUCUACUUGUACCACUUUGCCUUCUAUGCAUACCACUACCGAUUUAAUGGGCAGUACAGCAGUCUGGCUCUGGUCACCUCAUGGCUUUUCAUCCAGCACUCCAUGAUCUAUUUCUUCCAUCAUUAUGAGCUGCCGGCCAUCCUCCAGCAGAUCAGAAUCCAAGAGAUGCUGCUGCAGAACCAGCAGGUGGGUCAAGGGACCCAAACAACGCUGCAGGACAACCUCAACAACAACACUACAGCCGCCCCCACCGACAUGGGCGGCAGGCGGCCCCAUCCGGCAGCCGGUCCUGCCGCAGAAAGCAGCGGCCCCAGUUCUCUGGCUCCCGGCGAGGAUCCCAGCGCCGUUGCCAUUGCAGCUGCUACAGCCUCUUCCGUAGGGAGUGAUCUGAACUGGGUAGCUGAAACUGCCGCCAUCAUUACCGAAGCCUCGUUUCUGUCUGACCUGAGCACUACCCUCUUGGAGCCAAACGUGGUGCACGAAGCCAUGGCCAAUGGGAGCCCACAGGAUGCUGCGGUCGCUGCUGCUUCAAGCUUGGUAGCCCGAAUUCGAGUCAGUAGCGACCACGUGGAGACUGCUAUGGGCUCCAUUACUAUUGAGGUCUCUUCAACAGCAGUGGUUACUGCAACAGACGCGCCCCCGGGUGCAGAAGAGACACCAGCUACCCCCCUUGCCAGUGCCCCCCUUGUCCCAGCACAGGAGGAUGGUGCGUCUGUCCCCAGUCCUUCCCUUCCCGAGCAGACUGAGGCUGCAGGGGAGUCAUUGAGCCAAGCAGAACCUAGCGGAAAGGACUGUGUUGCAAACAGUAACCUGGCAGAGACCCCUCAGCCCCUCACGCAAGAUACUGAUCUGGGCAAGCAUUUGGAUAGUGCUUUUGGGGACCAUGGGGAGACUGCCCCCUGCCCAACAGCAGUGGACAGUACAGCCUGCUCCGAAGCUCGCUCGGAACCAGAGUCCAGGAGCCUGUCCUGAGCUUGUUCUCUCUCUCCUUGUUCUCUGGCAGUCCAGAAGGAAUCUGGAUUUCUUGUUUCUCCCCCAUGCCUCCCCCAUAAUUCCUUUUAGUGGAGGCAAAGCGGCUGGAGCACAGAAUAGAGGCAGUACAUUUCUCCCCUGGACAGUAAAUGUGUAUGUGUGACUAGCCAUGAAUCCCCAGCCUCCCUCUGCAACUAGACCUGCAGAGAGAGGUUCUCCACCGCGGGCGAGCUGCUGGGGCCCCACGUUUUUCUUAAGCCAUUGGCAGACAACAGGGCUGUAGGAUUGGUGCACUCGGGCUAGUCAGCGUCACACUUCUGUGGUCCCCCCCCUUCUUCCUCUCCCACCCCUCCUGCGUUGCUCUUACAAGGAAGGGCUUCCAGUUGUGCCGGCUGGAUCAGCUGCUGGGGACUGAGUUGUUAGCCCUACUUGCCUUUGCAAGUGUGACCCAAAUUGUACUAAACAAUUUUUUUGUUUUAACCAAAAAAAAAAAAAUCUUAGUGUGAUGAGUUGCAUCUAAUGUGGUGUAUUCCUGGAAAGACAGGCGGGAAAGCUCAUCCACUGAAA